AUGAAGAGCAGCAAAACAGAAUUAUUGGAUGAUGCUAAAGAAGAAGAUUUCGCCGCUUUCGACGACGACGAUUCAGACGAUGAUGAGAAUAGUAAUACUCUUCUUCUCUCAAAACUGAGCGUCGUUUCAUUGAGCUCGUUUUCGUAUUUUCAAUCCGCGUGUAACGAAGCGUACGCGGACGUGUACGCGAACCCAGACUGGCAAAUGGGCGUCCCAACAGAAGAGGCGACGCCGUUGCAAAAUCUGUUCGGGUUUCUCUUCACCGCGUUUUGUGGAUGGUAUUUUUGGAGAGUGGUUAAAAAGAGAGGGAAACGCGCUCAAACGUUUCGAGUGGCGAAUCAGUUGAGUCCGGAGGAGUUAAAGGAACGAGAAGAGGAGAGGAAAUUGAAGGAUAAAAAAUUAAACGCGAGUCAAGCGUUUACGGGCGGUAUCACCGGGAUCGCGAUAUCUGCGGGUUUGUACAUCUUCGCGAGUAAAAUAUCCACCGGGUUCGAUAACUCGAGUUUGCCGGAAUCGUAUACCGCGAGACAGAUUUCUAUAACAGUUCGAACGAUCGUGGAAGGUUUGGUGUAUUUGGCGACGUUCGUGUACGCUGCCAACGGGGUAUUUUGA